AUGAUUAGGCUGCUCCAGACCAUAGACAACGGAUGGUACAUAACAGAGCAUCGUGGGAAGCAUAAUCGUGUAAUGGCAAGAAGUUGUGGAGAGAUGGCGCACUGGCCAUCUCACGAGCAUAUUGAUGGCACACUGGCGAGUAGAUGUCAUACUCAAUGCUUUCCUCAAAAUAAUCACUUAAGAACAGAGGAUAGCUUUCCUGUUUGA